AAGAAAAAAGGUAAAAAAGGUAAAAAAGGGGUCUUCCCAUGUAGAAGGAGCUACGCUUCUCGUAAUUGUAUCAUAUAUCCAAAAUAUUUCAAUAACAUUGAAGAGCAAAAUCAUUUCUUUUUAGUUCCUAUUACUAUCAUUAUCUUUAUCAUUUAAUCCUUCCCACUCAAAAGAAAAACAAAAAAGAAAAAGAAAGUAAUUUUCUUUUCGAAGUUGGUUUGUGAAGAGAGGAGCUGAAGUUUUAAAUUCCUCUCUAAGGUCUUCUUGAAUAAAUGUUCGAGCGCAUAAGGUGGAGGUUGAGACAAUGGAGUUGGUGACCCAUCAAAUGCAGAUGGCUUAUUUUUGCAGUGUAGGGGCUCCUCAUACUUGUGGAUUGAAAGCGAAAAAUAUUAGAAUUUCAGCCUUUAAAGGCAGUCCUCAGAAUGAUGAAUCACUAGACAGAGCAAAUGAUGCGAGUGUUCCCAAGAAUUCCAUUAAAGUUUCGUAUGUGGCAAAAGAUGGUGAAGAGACCAUGAUAGAAUCUUCAAAGGCUCAUAAUGGUCUGCUUUUCUAUGCAUUGGAAACAAGUGAGAACGUUGUGGGAUGCCCUGCUAUUCAGAAAUUAUUCAAGAAAUGGAUAAUGAUAUUGCGCUCACAAUCCCCAAGUCAAGUGAUGGAUGAAGCUCUGGGCGAAAGACCACCUCCAAGGGAUGCAUCAGAAACACAAAUUGGCACCCAAAGCAAUAGAAAAAGUGAUAUUCUAAAGAAGGUUUGGAGCCAUUUCUGGGACAUGGAUGCAACAAUCAAAAUACCGUUAUUAAUAUUUAUUCCAUGUUACCUGGCUGUCAGUUUGAUACGCGGGGCUGAAGUUUCAAAGGAGUUGACUCCUCUAUGGGUGUUUGGUCCCUUGAUUGUUGCUAUUUACGUCACGAUGCUUGGACGCUUGUGCAGGCUCUAUGUUUUCUGCUUCAAGCAGACGGUUCAAAAAAUUAGGAACUUACCUAUUUAUUACCUCUUGGCAUCUAAUUAUAUUGCACGUGGAAAGCUCAAGGAAGAUGCCCGAGCUCGUGUGUGGCAACCUGUGGUGGGCAUGAAGAAGUUGGAAUACAUGGAGCUAUGUCAAACAAAAAUGAAAGAUUUCCAAGAGAGGAUGAUAGAAAAGUACUUGGACUUUGUGGAAUCAAUGUGGCCAUAUUAUUGCAGAACCAUCAGGUUCCUAAAGAGGGCUAAUUUCAUUUAGAUUUGGAGAUUCUGAUCCGAGGAAAGUCUUUAGGUGAGGGACUAGAGGAGUGGAUUUAGAGUUUGGAAGUUUGGAAGUUUUGGAAAAUAGGUAGCAAACCCCAUUUUGGACCGGGAAGAUUCUUGAUAUUUGGAGUUAAAAAAGGAUUGAAACUGAGUGUCAGAUUUAUGUAAUUCUUGUAACGUAAUGAAUUUUAUUCAUGCUCAAAGCUGUUCUUUUACUUUUGUUUCUUUUUUCCUUCUCCGGUAUGUACUACAAGAUUGUUUACUUGGGGGUUCAGUACUUGUUCCAACUUCGUAUCCAUUUUCUCCUGAAUAAUUUAUAUCAAAAUCUUUCAAUCCUUAUCAUGUCAGUUUUGCACCGAUACAACAUUUUUGCUUGUGAGGAAGGUUAAAGAACAUUUUCUGAGAUUCAUUUCAAACUUUUCUUUCACGGAAAACGGUGAAAAACUGGAUAUUCUCGAAGAGACUUAGAGACUUACUGAAUAUCCUACUAGAAUAAAUGAGUAAAAAUGAAAAAGAAAACACCGAAAGCCAAAAAAAUCUGGCUAAGU